CUCAUGGUCGAGACGUCCUACACAGCCAGCAGCAGCAGCGAGAGCAGCGGCGACGAGCGCGCACUCGUGGCCGAGGCGAACGCCUUGACCGCGCAGCUUGCGCUCCUCCAGCGCAACCCACGCAAGCGCAAGAUGCCAUGGCGCGACGUGGCGGUGGCCCAGGCGAACGAGCUGCAGAUCGUACUGCAUGAGAACAAACGACUCAAGGAAGCACUCUCGGAGCACACGCGCAUGGCCCACGCGCUCCAAAAGGCCAUGGUCCAAGCCCAAGAGUUUCAGCUCGAAGAAUGGAAGUGCCAUCGCCUCCCGUCCGACAGCGCCCGCUGGAAGGAUGGUUUGCAGAAGAUGCUCGCCGAAGACCACGACCAUACCAACUCGCACCUGAUUCGACAUGGGCUCUGUGACGCGGUCUCAGAAGUCGAGAGCACGCAGGUGCGCCGCCACACGGACGGGUCCGUGGCCGCCAUCGACAAGUUGACGCAUGUCUAUUUUCCGCACGAAUCGAUCGCGAGCCUCGCCAAAGUGUGCACCGAGCUGCUCACGACCGACGCGGGGCGCGCGACCAUCAUGAGCGGCACGCAGUGGCAACGACUCCAGCCCAUCGACUCGUCGCUCGUCGAAAACGACGGCAUCUUGUACCUCUCGGGCGACGCCAAAGUGCCCACGGGCCCGUCCCACGGUCUGCACGGCCACAUUGCCGUCCAGCGUUUUGUGGAGCCGGCGCGCGUCGUCUUCGUCUUCCGAAGCGUCUUGGAGGACCAGCGGUACCCGCUCGAGUACGGUGACGUGCCCAAGUACGCCCACAACGAAGUCGGCUGGCUUGUCAUGGAGCCCAGCCGGCGCCAGCGCGGCGUGUCGGUCAAGAGCAUCGUCACGUGCACGCCCAACGUGUACACGCCGCCCAUGUGCCCUUUUGCUGCGCGCGGUGUGCCUCAACUCCUCCAGCCGCUCAUGCGCGGCUGCGUCAACAUGUAUCGGCAACCCAACCGGAGUGUGACCGAGCUGCUCGUGCGCGGCCUCGUCGAGAAGAGCGCGUCGUUUGAUGCAGCCAACCCGCAGAGCGGCGUCACUGGCGUUGACUUUGCAUCUCCACCCUCGAUCCACAUAGCGAUUUAGAGGGAUCGUGUCGUCAUCCUCAUGAUUAAGUUAACACCCCGCAGUACAAAUGCCUCCGACUCUACGAAAAACUGG